AUGCAACAGCCAUUCCAAUGCAUUGCGACGGUGUGUCCACCGGCCGCAAGCUCUGACACCCGCUACCUCAUCGCCGCUUGCGGUCCAAAGCUGCAAUCGGUAUCUCUGACAUCUGGCGAUAUUGUGUCACACUGGUCUUCAUCAGAAGUUGUGGAAACAACAUCGACCAGUUCGCCAGCCAACGACAAUAACGAGCGACCUACGAAGAAGUUGAAGACUGCUCCAAGCGAUCAAUCGGCGAAGAAUAUCAUCAAAUUGACUGUUUCCCCGAACAAUCAAUACGUCCUCGUCGUCACCGACGACAAGUCUCUUCACGUUCUGUCCGUGAACGACACCGGAGAAUUAGCGCAGUUGAGCAGCAGGAGCAUGCCCAAGCGCCCCUGCGCCGUCAAAGUUCUUCCCAACAACAGCACUAUUCUCGUUGGCGACAAAUUCGGCGACGUCUAUUCAUUGCCUCUACUCGUCGAUGAUACAGCCAAUGGCAACUCGGAUGCCACUUCCACCAGCGAGGUGACUGCCCCUGAACACAAGCACGUCGAGAAGAAGCCAUUCCAGCCCUCAGCAACCACCAAAACAGUCCACACGCAACGCAAUCUUCGAGCCCUGGCUGCUCAGCAAAAUCAGAAGAAUCUGACCCCCAAGUCGAAAGAACCACUUGCCUUCGAACACAAACUUCUCCUCGGCCAUGUCUCGAUGCUUACAGAUCUCGCCUACGGACAGCAGGAAGUCAAUGGAAAGCCAAGAAAAUACAUCAUUACUGCGGACCGAGACGAGCACAUCCGUGUAACAAGGGGACCACCUCAGUCCCACAUCAUCGAGGGCUAUUGUCUUGGACAUAAAGAUUUCGUCAGCAAGAUUUGUCCUAUCCCCGGCACUACUUUACUAUUGAGUGGUGGCGGAGAUGAUUGGAUUGGAGUGUGGGACUGGUCGGAAUGCAAGCUGCUAAGAAAGCUCUCUCUGCAAGGCGUGUUCGACACAGACUCGAUCGCCAUCUCUGGACUCUGGUUCGGACCAUCUGAUAUCGGUGACGUCGUCCUUGCGGCCUCUGAGAAGUCUCGCAGACUAGCCAUUCUGCCAGCGUCAGAGAUUCUCAAGCAGAACACGGAGAAUGAGGUAUGGUCUUGGAGUGCCUUCGACCAUCCGAUUCUGGACGUUGCGUUUGUCUCCGAGAAGCAGCGGAUGCAGGCCUUUCGACUUACUCAUGGCUCAUCGCCCCAUCGAGACGUCGUCCUUCUCGAAUCUGGCACGCUGAACGAUAAGUUGCAGCGUGUUAAUCGGACUCAAAUUUCCUCUGGGAGUGACCUGGCAACGGAUGAGCUGCUCUACGGUGUGGAGAAGCUACGGAAGCGAGGGCAUGCUGAUGAGGCUGCGGACGAAUGA